GGUAAAGAAGACACGGCGAUAGCUAUCGAACGUCGUCUGCUCUUGCCUUGCCUGCCGUAGUGAGUGCGAGAAAGAUAGCAUGCAGCGCUGCAAGCAGGAUUGUCGUGUUUUUUUAGGAAAAUAAAAUAAAAUCAAAAAUUGAUCUCAGUUGAAAUUCGUCUGCCGGAUGAGUAGGGAAAAACGUACAAUCUGUAACCUAUAAUUAUAAGUUUUUUCUUCGUUUCGCGUUCAGUUGGACUUUCGAAGGCAGCUCGGUGGCAGUCGUACCGUGAGCAAACGAACAAAGUGUUUUGAAACGAAGCAAGCAAGCUGUGUUCGUGUGUGCUGUGUGCGUGGUCGUACGUGUGCUCGGGUGAGAGCGUUCGGCAUCGGGUGCUCUUCGGUACUAUUGAAGCAAGCAAGCAGCCAACGGUGAGCUUGAGCUGUAUACGAAGCGAGAGUGUGUGCGAAUCGAUUUUUCGGGGGCCUUCGCGCGGUGUUCCCGCUCCUCUCAAUGCUCUCUCCCGCAUUUACACUACUUCGUGGGACUAUCCGUGUUCAAGUCCGCGGCCUAAUGAACGCCAGUGAGAAGAGGACUUAAUAAUAGUGUUUAGAGUUUAAUUUCUGCUUCUCUCAUCAAGAGCAUCUCGGCGAAGCUAGCAGCAACAGCAGCAGCAGCUACAACAACUCGCGCGGAUGCUGGAGUUGCCGCGGUCGAUCUUUUGCGGAGUAACCAAUUUCGGCGGAUCUUUGCGAGGAAAAAUUGAACGCCGCGCGCGCCAAGCCACGACCUGGCCAGCGCUUGCAAACGACGGCUCUGGUGUACCGUUCAGCAAACGAACGGGCGGACGGAGUAGAUUAUCCGUGCCCCGGUAGAAUUACAUGGUGUUAAUCCCUCUUGACCGGAUUUUGGCGUGGUUUGUUUUGUGAAGAAGCCCUUUUGUUUUACGCCCCCUGUUCCGCCUAGCCGUAGAUCGAGUGUACAUGUGUGUAAUUUUGUGCGAUUUCCGACCAGUGUGUUACGUAAAUUUAGUGUGUACUACAUUGGAAAAAAGCCCGUAAUUGAUGGGAUUAAUCGAGAGUGCGUGGAUUAAAGUAGUACCGAAGAACAAGAAGUUAAUUACAUCGAGAUGAACAACGAUUGACCCUAUUUGCCCGUAAGCUUAAGUCGAAGAAAAGAAGAAAAGUGCAAGGAGUUCCCCAAGUGUGCUGAUCGAUCUGGAAUAUCUCUUAAGAACACGAACUUUGCGGUGAAUUUUCCGGAGCAGCAGCAGUAGCAAUCUUCAUUGUUGGCUGUUCAAGAUGAUGGCCUCACCGAGUUUCAUGACCCAAUAUCAUAAUCAUCAUCAGUGGAACAGUAGCAGCCAGACGCAGUUAUCACCCCUCAACAUCCUGCCCUAUCAAUACCCCCCGCAGCCGCCCUCUGUCAGCAGCCUCGGCUCGGUAGCAUCUCUCGGUUCGGCCGGUUUGUCGCCGACCCAGUCGAUUGCGUCCUCCAACGGUGGUGGAGGCGGUGCCGGUGGAGGCACUAGUACGGCCAGCAGCAGUUUUAGCACUACAGGUGGAGGCGGCUCGAACGCCGCUAGUCCCGACGUGACCAGUGCGGCAGCAGCGGCCGCCGUAGCCGCCACAACGGCGUACGGUUUCGGUGCAAUGGUUCAGCAGAGUCCGGCCACGGUAGCGGCCCUCGAAAUGACGGCAAGAACCCAACAAAUGCAUUACCCGUCGUACCAAUAUCCGGCGGCCAGCUACUACAACAACAUGGCUAGCAAUCCAUGGUUCGCUCAAGAAUCCAUGUAUCAAGGCUGGCACGGCGAAGCGUACGGUCUGAAGCUGGAAGAUUACUCGCAUCAGACUCAGGCGCAACGUCGGUGCGCUCGCUGUACCUGUCCGAAUUGUAUCAACGAAUUGUCCGGGUUGCCUCCGGUGGUAGGUCCGGAUGAAAAAGGAAAAAGACAGCAUAUUUGUCACAUCGCAGGAUGCGAGAAAAUCUACGGAAAGACAAGUCACCUGAAAGCACAUCUCCGGUGGCACACGGGAGAGCGUCCGUUCUCGUGCAAGUGGUUGUUCUGCGGCAAGCGGUUUACUCGGUCCGAUGAGCUGCAGAGGCACUUCCGAACGCACACCGGAGAAAAACGGUUCACGUGCAGUAUUUGUAGCAAAAAGUUUAUGCGCAGCGAUCAUCUAGCGAAACACGUUAAGACCCACGAAAAUAAGGCGAAAAAAAUUGCGAAAAAGAGCGAAAAGGCGGAGGAGGCAAAGUUGAAAAAAGAUGACCGCAUGGGUAAGACCGAAGGAAAUACUAAAAGGCAACUGGAGGUAGCGGAGAAACCGGGCCAACUUACGGUGACAACGAAGGCAAAGAAGCAGAAAAGUAUCACUGAACAACAAGAGGAUAUCAAUGCAAAUAUUCGAAUGCCGCAGAUUAAGCAGGAAAAAGGAUAUGAAAGUGCGGGGAAAACUAUGUUCUCGGGUAUGGGAGAGUACGGACAUAGUGGGGGCGGUUAUCAGUCCGCAGCCGUUAACUAUUCGCAUCAUCCGUCAUCCUACUUCCAGAAUGCGUUUUUGCCAGAAGCAAGUGUCCCUAGCAAAAAUCUUUUCCAUAAUCCCUAUUGUGACAGUAGCUUCCAGAGCCGCAGUAAUUUGUUCUCUACCUCGACAAGCAGUAGCCUCGACUCGUUAGAGCGAAGGGUUGCCAGUAAUAACAACAAUAACAAUAAUAGCGGUAGUGAAAUUAGCAAUAGUUUAGUGAAGCUAGAAGAAUACACGAAUAGUCACAGCCUAUUGAACAACGACAACAGCGGCGGCCAUCAGCAGCGGGGUUCCAACUCCAACGCCAUCAGCAAUCUACUACCUCAUUCGCAAGCUCAAGUAUAUCACAUCAACUCGGAUCUGGCGUCCAACUAUGCGGCCGCCUACUCAAAUGUGAAACUGGGAGCAGCCUACCAUCAUCACCAUCAUCCUCCAAGUCAUCUGCAUCAUCAACAUCAGCAUGCUGGCACCACUGCUACUAGUUAUGACAGCAGUGCCAAUGUCAACGAAUCUAACAACAAUAACGGUACUCCACCGGUGGCAGCAUCGACGAUUCCGUCGGCCGCUGCUUCGGCGUACAAUAUGAUGAUGAACAAUUACACCAUUCACCACCACCACCAUCAUCAUCAACAUAGUCAGCAGCAGCACCAGCAACAACAAGAUAUUGAACUUUUUAAAUAACCGCACAAUCCAGCUAGCCCCGAUGGCCUUUUAGUGUCACAGGUAUUGUUUUUAAUUGUGUAUUGUAACAGGGACCGCUGCUCUUUUGUAGACGUUCCAGUGCAAUCUGUCAAAAAUGGUGAGAUUUUUAUGACGUUCCUUUUGUCUGUGCGGUGCUGGAACUGCAGUCCCCGCCGACAGUAUGCUGUUGCUCUCCUGUACGCCUUUUAUUCUUUCGGUUAGGUUUACGCGUAAAGCCAGCACUGAGAAAACUGUUUUUAGUUGUUUAAGAUACACGAACUACCAGCCCCUACUCCCGAGUGCCAAUAUAGAUACAAAAGCUUUAGUUGCCGUUUUUUUAUCCAUCGCCGGACGCGUGAAACGAAACGAAACUGGAAACUACUAAAUUAUGUCAUGAUUUAUUUAUGUUCCUACAAUUGUCAGCGAGCGGGGCAAAAAGAAAAAAAAAAUACUUCUCGUAACGGAGAGGUAAACGCACACUAGUACACGUGUCGGCACGCCAUUAAAAGCGGUGAAAUUUGCAAUUGUAAAGUGUAAUUAAAUUUAUUUAUAAUUUAAUUAAUCAUCUUGGCAGUCAGUGUUCGGCUGCUUUUAUCUGCUUUCUAAAGACCCAAUGUACCAGCAAAAAAAAGAUACCACUAACUAGCUAGCAGAAGUCUAUCAGCCAAACCUGGUGAGGAAAGUGAACAAAAAUAACUAAAUUAAGUGGUGAGCGGGCAAAAUCUUUUUUCUUUAUUCGCCAAUUUUUCCUCCCUUACCGGAGUGAAGCAGUGCGGCAAAGCCGCCAACCCAAUCAAUUUGUUCUCACACAAACACGUACACUCUCUGUACCUAUAAACAUUUGCUAGUGAAGGUCCCAAUAAAACCGACACAAAAACAGCAAACGGGAUCUAUCCCGCUGGCCUCGUGUUGAUGUAUAGUAAUUUAUAAAGUCUACAAUUAAGUAGUUAAUUGCGAAUUCCUGGCCUGGCUUGUGGCCUCACGAAGCCCAGGGAAAUGCAAAAAGAUGUACAUUUUUGUGUAGUUUUAAUUAUAACAUAUUUUGUCCUCCCCAUCCUGGCCUCUUAUACCGAAGACUUCUAGCGAAACCUUUUGUCUCCUCGUUCAACUCAGUGUUUCUCAUCAACAGCAUGAACUAUAUAAAUAAGCAAAGAAGUUAAUAAAUCAGAAAACGACAUCUCUGCCCGGGGUGAGACAAGCAAUAACAGAAAGCCAUCAGUUCCAUCCAUUUCAUGUGACGAUGUUGCAAGCCGCAAAACCUAAUCAGUCCUCGGGAUAGUGAAGUUCGAAACAGAGCAAAUAGAGUCAUCCCAGCUGCAAAAAACGCAAAAAGCUUAGUGUUUUAGAAAUACUCUGUACAAAGUUUUUCUCCAGAUCCAGCGAUUGCAUAUUUUAUUUCCUGCCGGAAAACAAACAUAAAGCCUGAAUGCAAUUUUUAAACAAAGGCAAACUUACAAUCUUUAAACGUUAUCAGAAGCUAGCAUAGAAGAACUUCUGUCCGUAGAAGGAGAAGCAAAAAUCAACUAUUGUAGCGUAAGAGUUCGUACCUUAUAAGAGCCGACACAAAGAUGAUAAAUUGAGUAAAAAUGCUGUUUUAUGAAAACCUCAACAAUUGUGAAUUAAGCAAAAAAUCUUCGAUGUUAUAUAUAUUAUAUUUAUGAAUUUCAAUUUAAAUAAAAUGGUAAAUCAUUUCCAGAAGUCUUGGAAAAGUAAUGAAA